AUGGCUGCAAAUAGCGUCCAAGCAACAAAAGGCGAAGUGGAAAUCCGUGUAGAUGAGGCCAUUCAAUAUAUUGACGAGAAUCCAGGUGCAAAAAUCGCUGCAGUGGCGCGGAUAUUCAACGUAUCACGCAGCCGGCUGCGACGCCGGAUAGAGGGAAUUCCACCACAAAAGGGCCGCCCUUCCCCCAAAUUGAAGCUUAGCAGGCCAGAGGAAGCUGCUUUGUGUAACUAUAUCAAUCGCCUUGAUGAUAUCAAUUUUGCGGUUCGACCUGAAUUUAUUACGGAUGCUGCAAAUUACAUCCUAAAGGAGAGAGCCCCAGCAAGCUCAACAGCCCCAGCGGAAGCUGUCGGGAAGCUCUGGACUACACGCUUUAUCCAACGGCAUCAAUAUCAAAAGGUCUUACAAAAGAAGCUUGAUUCUAAUCGCCAGGCAUCUGAGGAUGUUACCCGAGUCCUUCAAUAUUAUACAAAGCUAAAAGAAGCUAUCGCAGAAUACGGGAUUCCCGAUGAAGAUAUCUGGAAUAUGGAUGAAACCGGCUUUCGAAUAGGAAUCGGAAAAGACCAAUUUGUAGUCACAAAGAGGAAAAGGGCACAUCUCUUCUCAAUGCCCGAAAAUCGGGAAGCUGCAACCGGGAUUGAAGCCAUCUCUGCUGGCGGCGAAUUUAUCCCUGCGUUUAUGAUCCUUUCCGGCCAACAGCAUAUGGAUCUGUGGUAUCGUUUAAAGGAGCUUGAAGAUAAUACGAAAAUUGCAUUAUCCUCUUCUGGAUACACCAAUGACCAGCUAUCUCUUGCUUGGCUGCAUCAUUUCAAUGAGCAUGCAAAGGCAACUAGCAGAUAUCGCCUUUUAAUCCUUGAUGGUCACGGCUCACAUCACACAAUCGAAUUUAUCGAAUUCUGCAAUCAACACAGGAUAAUUCCCUUUGCAAUGUCCCCCAAUCUCACACAUAUUCUUCAGCCCUUAGAUGUGGUGGUAUUUCAACCGUUGAAGCACUAUCAUGCAAAGGCUCUUGAUGUGAUGGUCCGCGAUGGCCUCACAAAUGUCACAAAGAUUGAAUUCCUAUCUUGCAUUCAGUCUGUACGAAAGCAAGCUUUUAAACGCUCUACUAUUAUCUCUGCCUUCCGUAAAACCGGAAUUUCGCCCUUUAAUCCUCAGCCGAUUCUUGAGAUGCUGUCUCAAAGAGCCCCAAUUCAAACGCCCUCUCCGGUGCCUGCCCUCUAG